AUGUCAACGGACGAACAACCGACUUUGACGGUACGCCAGUCGCGGCGCCUCGCGGGAGUUGCCCCGGAAUACGGACUACUGGACACAAGACGUUUGACGCACCAGUCCUCGACCCCAGAACCUGCGCAACUAGACGAUCACACCGAUCUGCCAACGUCGUCCCCGGAACGCAAGCGAGAAGCCGAAGGCUCUCCCCACGUGUCGCCGUCGACGAACAGCCCCGACACGCGUCCCCCGCCGAAGAAACCAGCACUGGCCCCGGGUGCUGACUCGGCUCCUGAGCCUUUGUCACCCCAUGCCGGGAUUGUCCAGCUACCAGAAACACCCCCAUGGUCCAAGGAACGCCCGGCAGCAUGCCACAACGCUUAUACCGAAUUCACACGCGACAUUGUCAAGAAGCAGGAAUUGGAAGCUUUGCGCUUCUUUCAGAAAGCCCAUGACAACCGAUCUCGGCUGCUGGACGACCGGGAAACUCGACUCGUAGAAAUGGCCGAAUUAGCGGCGCAGGCGGCUGAAGCUCAUGAAGCCUACCGUCAGGAACAGUUCAAGGAGGCUUUGGGGUACCUCCAGGAAUGCUACUAA